AUGCGUGACCUAGUUGGUGAACUUCUGGUGUGCUUGGGGGAGAUACGCAUGCAAAAGGACGAGUUCGUAUCUGCCCAUGGUAUUGUUAGGGAUUAUAGGGCCCCACCGACUCAGUUAUUCACUUCGUGUGAUGACAUGUGGUUUGAGGAACUUUCGCCUUCUCAAAUGUCUCUCAACUGGAUGUUAUCCACCCUGAUAACAUCUAUUUCGCGAAUUCCAUCAUUAUUUAUAUCCACCUCACAGUUUGCUCAUGCCCAGAACCGGAUUCUCCAUACUUCAACAAAUGCAAUGCGGAAUAGCAUUUUACAGUUUAUCCAUUAUCGAAAUGGCCCACCUAAACGACGAUCAAGGAGUAAUGACAAAAGUCCAAUCAGCGGAUAUAAUCACUUCAAAGGAAUUGUUCUCAAAACUGUAAUACGACAUCCCAAAAAACCCAAUUCUGGAAAUCGCAAGUGCGCUAUUGUUCGACUUUCGACUGGUAAAGAAGUGUGUGCGUAUAUACCCGGUGUUGGACAUAACCUCCAGGAACACUCUCAGGUUUUGGUUUGCGGUGGACGUCGACGCGAUCUGAUCUCAGUCAAAGCCAAUAUUGUUCGGGGGAAAUUUGAUUGCGCCCCAGCCGGUACGGUGAAGAAGUAG